CGGGAGCUCUGUCCGGUGGUGUUGGAUCAUGGGUGUCCGGACCAGAGGCUUGGCUCUGUCGCUGUUGCUGCUGCAGCUCUUGGCCAGUGCCACAGCCCAGGGCUUGGUCUACGACCUGCUGGUGUCGCCGGACUGCCUGCCCGACCUGCUCCAGGGGAGCCUGAGGAACAACGGCCGGGACGAGGCGUUCUUGCUGUCCUCCUUCAGACUGCAGAGCAAAGGCCCCACGCCACUCUACAGCGUCAUCAAUCCGAAGGACAACACAAAAUACCUGGAGCUCAGCGUUCAAGCCAAGCUGAGCAAAGUCACUGUGCGAUACCAGAGGUCAGACGGCAGAUUCAGCACCACCAGCUUCAACCACGGAUCCCUGGCUGAUGGCAGAGAGCAUCAUGUGAUGCUGCACGCCAGCGGUCUGCAGAACGGCCCGCCACGCCUCAGUAUCUAUGUGGACUGCAGACUGGUCCACUCUCUGGACGACCUGCCCAUAGCUUUCGGCGCCAUCUCGGCUGGCUCUAACAAGGUGGCACUUAGGACCCUGCAGCCCAAUGGGCAGGACGAGCUGACCGACUUGAAACUGGUGAUCGAGGACAUCGUGGAGAACGUGGCGACUCUGCAGGGCUGCAACACGCAACAUCAGGGUCAGGUGGUGCAACUGUUGGAUAUCCAGAGCAGUCGAGCAUCACAUGACCAGACCACCAUGAUGGAGCUGAAGAGCUUGUUGGCUGAGAUGAAGGAGCUGCUCCACCAGCAGAUUAAAGAGACCAACUUCCUGAGGAACACCAUCUCAGAGUGUCUUCCCUGCGGUCUUGCUGGGAAUCCCGCCAACCUAAAUGUGGGUCCGGGUCCAGGUCCGGAUUCAGAUCCCAAUGGCCGACUUCCACAGACACCUUGUCCGCAUGGCACUUGCUUUAGACAGAACAUGUGCAUCCCGGAUGGAAGAGGCGGUUACAAGUGCGCUCCGUGUCCUGAUGGGUUCACGGGCGAUGGGGUCAACUGCGAUGACGUGGACGAGUGCCAGCUGGAGCCGUGUUUCUCUGGCGUGAAGUGCGUGAACACGGCUCCUGGGUUCCGUUGUGAGAAGUGCCCGCUGGGAUACAUGGGACCUGAGCUGAAUGGAGUGGGAGUGAACUUCGCCAUGUCCAACAAACAGGUGUGUGUGGACAUAGAUGAGUGUGUGAAUCCGCCCAAAAUAGGAGGCUGCACUGCCAACUCUAACUGCUACAACACCAUGGGCUCGUUUCGCUGUGCGGAUUGUAAAAGGGGCUUCACGGGUGACCAAAUCAGAGGGUGCCACGUCAACAGGCUGUGUCCCAACGGCCAACCGAACCCAUGUCACGAGAUGGCGGAGUGUGUUCUCCAAAGAGACCGCAGCGUUACGUGUGUGUGUGGGGUCGGGUGGGCUGGAGACGGACACAUGUGCGGGAAAGACACUGACAUCGAUGGCUAUCCGGACAACCAGCUGCCAUGCAGCGACAUCAGCUGUAAGAAGGACAACUGCGUGAUCGUCCCCAACUCUGGCCAGGAAGAUGCCGAUGGGGACGGAGUGGGAGACUCCUGCGAUGAUGACGCGGACGAUGACGGCAUCCUUAACAUAGAAGACAACUGCUUGUUGGUCCCUAACCCGGAUCAAAGGAACAGUGAUAAGGACCUCCACGGCGACGCCUGCGACAACUGCAGGAGCGUGGACAACCCGACCCAGAGGGACACCGAUAAGGACGGGAUGGGGGAUGAGUGCGACAGUGACAUGGAUGGAGACGGUUUUGCCAAUCCUGUGGAUAACUGCCAGCGAGUGCCGAACCCGGACCAGCAGGACAGAGACAGAGAUAACGUGGGAGACGUCUGUGACACCUGCCCUGACAUGUACAACCCCAACCAGUCCGACUCGGACAGCGACCUGGUGGGCGACACCUGCGACAACAACGUGGACAGGGACGGUGACGGGCACCAGGACUCGAAGGAUAACUGCCCCACCAUCAUCAACUCCUCGCAGUUGGACACAGACAAGGACGGGAUGGGAGACGAGUGUGAUGGCGAUGAUGACAACGACGGAAUUGCGGAUGACAAUGACAACUGCAGAUUGGUUCCCAAUGUGGACCAGAGAGACUCUGACGGGGACAGCGUUGGCGACGUGUGUGAAGGCGACUUUGACAACGACAACGUCACCGACAUCGUGGACCAGUGUCCGGAGAACGCUGAGGUCACGCUGACCGACUUCAGGGCCUACCAGACCGUGGUGCUGGAUCCGGAGGGAGACUCUCAGAUCGACCCCAACUGGGUGGUUCUCAACCAGGGUCGGGAGAUCGUCCAGACCAUGAACUCUGACCCCGGUCUUGCUGUUGGCUACACGGCAUUCAGCGGCGUGGACUUUGAAGGAACGUUCCACGUGAACACGGUGACGGACGACGACUACGCAGGCUUCGUCUUCGGCUACCAGGACUCGUCGUCCUUCUAUGUGGUGAUGUGGAAGCAGACGGAGCAGACGUACUGGCAGGCGGCGCCCUUCAGGGCAGUGGCCGAGCCCGGCAUUCAACUCAAGGUGGUGAAAUCCAAGACAGGACCUGGGGAGUACAUGAGGAACUCCCUGUGGCACACUGGGGACACCCCCGAGCAGGUCCGUCUCCUCUGGAAAGACCCCCGCAACGUGGGCUGGAAGGACAAGGUGUCGUACCGCUGGUUCCUGCAGCACAGGCCGCAGGUCGGCUACAUCAGGGCUCGCUUCUUCGAGGGCUCAAACCUGGUUGCAGAUACUGGGGUGAUCAUCGACACCAGCAUGAGAGGGGGGCGGCUGGGGGUCUUCUGCUUCUCGCAGGAAAACAUCAUCUGGUCUGACCUGAAGUACCGCUGCAACGACGCCAUCCCACCAGACUACCAGGACCUGAACGCACAAAACUCCCGCUGAUGAAGCGAGGGGACCGAGAGAGAAGCUUCCAGGUUCGUAGACAAAAUGCUUACAUCUGGGCAUUUUAUCCGAUUCACCGACAGCACCAGGACCUCAGUCAUGUACCUGCAUAUCUCAGUGGACAGUAAUCAUUUGCU